CAACUUGCUACCGGCGCGGUGGCCAUCUUCCUGGUGUCUAAAUAAACAUCAACUCUUUUUAUCCCUCGCCAAAUUGUCUCCGGCUCCAUGUUUGUUUGAGACCUUCCUGCCCUUAUUUUUAUGUUCGUUUUUGGAUCUUGUUUUUUUCGGACUCUUGUUUUGCGCGCAUGCAACCAGCAGUUUUUCUGCUUAGUUUUUUUGCCGGCUCUCGGAUUCUCAGACUGUAUUUCAGACAGUGCUCCUUCUUUUCUCCUCUUGGUCUCCAGCUCUCUCACUCUCUGAUGGCUUUAACGUGGACGUGUUGAACACAGAGCAAUUCAGCGGAAAUAAAGAGGAGUUUUUUGGAUACAAACUGCUGCAGUAUCAAUCUGACGAGAUGAAACAAAUUAUCGUCAGUGCUCCAUUAAGUGCAAACAGAUCAGGAGCCAUUUUUAGCUGCUCAGUGGAGAAGAGAACCUGCAGCCAUUUGUUUCAUCCAGACUCGAAGGCGAUCAGGUUCUUCGGGAUGUCGAUGGCAGUGAGGACGUCACCAUCAGCCACACUCACUAGUUGCAGUCCGAGUUACAAUCAUGUGUGUGAUGAAAACUCAUAUCUGAAUGGAAUCUGUUACCAGUUCAACAGCAGAUUAAACAUGAUCAGCCACCUCACUGCUGCUUUCCAGGAAUGCACAAACAGUACAGUGAACCUGGUCUUCCUGUUCGAUGGCUCCAGCAGCAUGACAACAGAGGACUUCAAUAAGAAUAAAAAAUUCAUUUGGGACAUUGUGACUGUACUCAAAAACUCAUCUAUUGAGUUUGCUGCUGCUCAGUUUUCUUCCGAGGUCAGAACAGUUUUCACCUUUAAAGAUUAUGUUAACGGCAUGGCGAAGAAGAAACUUUUUGUAGAGCAGCACAUGAAGGCUCUCACAAACACACACAAAGCCAUCAACUUCGUCCUUGAGAAGCUGUUUAAUAAUGUGGAGUCUGGUGCAGAUCCUGAGGCUACUAAAGCCCUGGUCAUCAUCACAGAUGGAAGUCCUUCUGAUUUAAGCAGGAACGAGAUACAGCGCUGUGAUGAACUCAACAUCGCUCGCUUUGUUAUCGGGGUGGGGACUCAAGUCAAAAUUGAGAAGCUGAAGGGAAUUGCCUCGGAGCCGAAAGAGCAAAACACCUUCAUGAUUGGAAACUACAAUGGACUGGAUGGACUUCUGGAGAAACUGCAGAAUAAGAUCUAUGGCAUUGAGGGAGCUCAGGGCAGGAACUUUAUAAACGAGCUGUCUCAGAGCGGAUUCAGUGCUGCCAGUGACAAGGACACUCUCAUUCUGGGGGCGGUCGGAACUAAAGAUUGGCGUGGAACACUGUAUGAAGUUACAGGAUCUGGGGACAAUCAGACUGAAAUUGAAGACAGUAAACUACAGAAUGACUCCUACAACGGUUACUCUGUUGCAGUUGGACGGAGAGACAAUGUUUCUCUUGUGUUCUCUGGAGCACCGAGAUCUAAUCAUAGGGGUGAAGUGACUUUCUUUAGAAAAAAGACUCGUGAGUGGGAAACCAUGAGCAGGAUCUCCGGAGAACAGAUCGGCUCGUAUUUUGGAGGAUCAGUGUGUGUGUUGGAUUUGGACUCAGACUACAACACAGACUUCCUCGUGGUUGGAGCUCCACAUUAUUACCAACCUCACCCUCAGAGAGAGGGAUGGGUAUAUAUCUACAGACUCACACAGGAGCUGAUGUUAGAGAAGGUGUUGGAGGUGUGUGAAUCAGCUCGGGGUCGGUUUGGGAUGACUCUUGCUGCUGUAGCAGAUAUAAAUGGAGACCAGCUGCAGGAUUUAGCUGUUGGAGCUCCACUGGAAGAUGAUCAAAGAGGAGCUGUUUACAUUUACCUCGGCAAACAUGAACAGGGGAUUCGCUCCCAGUACAGUCAGAGAAUUGUGGCAAGUUCCAUCUCUAAGGAGAUUCAGUAUUUUGGUUUGGCGAUUGAUGGUGUGAUGGACAUGGGACAGGACGGUCUGACGGAUAUUGCUGUUGGAGCACAAGGGACCGUGUUACUCUUUAGAACCCGGCCGGUUGUGUCCGUCUCAGCAAACUUCAGUUUCUCUCCAUCUGAAAUCAACCUGAAUCAUUUCGAGUGCACAGACCAAGACAGUGUAAUUCCCAUCAUUACUCUGAAAACCUGCUUCAGUAUGAAAGAAAACACCAACAGCAAAGGGGCGGUGAAGAGUGGUCUGAACGUCUCGGUGGAGCUCAGAGCUGACGCUGUGAGACAGGAGAGUCGAGCAUUUUUUAUUAUGGAAGAUAAGGAUUCCAGGAGUCUGGUGAAGUCUGUACUGCUGAACUCCGAGUUUUCCUGUUUCAACAAUACAGUCUACAUGCAAAGAUGUGUGAAGGACACUUUAUCUCCAGUCUUAUUCCGACUCAACUUCCACCAGUCUGAACAUCAGCCAGGAGACUCCAGCUCCAUCCUGAACAUCGACAGCAGUAACACCACUCAUGUGGAGGUUCCCUUUCAGAUUAACUGCAAAAACAGGAGCUGUGUAUCAGACCUGCAGUUGGACUUUAGUUUCCUGAACAGCACAUUACUGGUGGUGGACCAGGCGUCUUUUAUAAUCCAUGUAACAUUACAGAAUAAAGGAGACGACUCGUUCAACACCAGCGUGGUGCUGUUUUACCCUCCUGGAUUAUCACUCUCAGUGUUCAAGACCAUUAAGGCAAACAGAAGGACUCUGAGCAGGUGUGGAGAUCGUGAUGAAGGAGCGCUAAAUAAAACCACCUGCAGUAUCAGUUUACCUGUUUAUCGCUCAAACACACGUGCCGAGUUUGAGGGUGUGUUCCGCAUCUCUCGCUUUUACAAGUGGAAUGAGAGCAUGCAGAUGACACUUGUGGCCAGCAGUGAUAAUAAUGGAAAUAUCAGCACCACCACAGUGAUGAAAACUCUGCCUGUGCAGUUCAGUGUAGAUGUAGCCAUCAGCCCUGUUCCUGAGCUUUCAGUAACGUAUCUGAAUUUCUCUCUGGAAGAUAAAGGACCAAAAACUCUCAGUGUUGUGUAUAAGGUGAGUAAUCUGGGACUAAAAGAUUUACCUGUAGUAGUAGGUUUCUGGAUGCCGUGCAAGACUCCAGUAAACUUCUAUCGUCUCUACAAUCACAGCAUCACCGUGUCACAGGAAGUUACGGCCUGUAAUAAAACUCCGGUGCAUGAUGACUGUACAGUCGAGCAGGUUGUAAAGUUCACGUGUCAGUCUUUCAAUUUGGAUGUUGGGAAAAUUGUACAUUUUACAGUGAAGGCACUCAUCAUGUUCCCUAAUGUCCAACAAUACACAGAGAAAUUGUCUUUCAGUGAGUUUAAGAAUGAGGAGGGUUUUUUGGUCUCUGCUCAGAUGGACUUUGAUCAAAAACUUUAUCAUCAGCUCUCAAGUGACAAAGAGAGCAAUACGAGCAGAUAUCACCAUGCUGAGAUCAAGGUGAAAGCAGAGCUAAUCAUACCUCCUGAUAUGAAUUUGUUCAUCGGUGCUGGAGUAGGAGGAGGACUUCUUGUGCUCAUCAUCGUUAUCAUACUGUUGUGGAAGUGUGGAUUCUUUAAGCGUAAUCGAUAUGAACAGCGUGAAGAAGGGGGUGAGAACUGGACUAAAGAAGAGGAAAUGUGUGGUGAUGAAACAGAGGGAAAACUGGGAGAAUCUCCUUCACCUGAAGACAAGCCUUUCAUUCCUGAUGGAGAGAAAGAUGUGGUGUAUGCAAAUGGAGGGAGAGAGAAUGAAGAAUUUGAGAAAGUAGAAAAUACAGAAUGAAGAGUCGUUAUUGAUUUAUUGGCGUGAUUCUGCUGCAUUUGUUUGGCUUUAGCUCUGUAUCUGUAACUCUGAGACUCAGUUAGAAGUACAUUAUAUUUAAUUUUCUCAUUAUAAGCAAAAACAUCGUACUUUUCCUCAAGGCAUCAGUUACAACUGGGAAAUAUUUACUUAUAAAUGACUCUUUAUUCUUGUCAGACUGUGCUGUGGUUACAUUUCUAAUCCCUGAGUGAUCAGAGAUGAUUAUUUAGUGUAUCAGGAACUCCAGCACCUGAAAGGAGUCAUGAUGUUUCUGUAGAUGUUUUCUUGUUAGGGUUUUGUUAGGCUCUCUCAGUGUUCUUCCGUCCUGUCCAACAACAUAUUAAAGAAAAUCCAAUAACGCACUUCUGUAUAUAAAAAGUGUAACAUUAACAUUUUCUACACUUGAAAGAUUUGAAUCUCUUUUAACCCCUUGUGGUCACAUACAGAGCAUGGCCACUAGAGGGCGACUGUGAUCUAAUUAUUUAUACAAGGCAGACGCUACUGUGAAGGAAGUGUGUUUGAGUGCUGAUGGAUUCCCUGAGUUCCGAGGAAUAUUCAGAACUUUUAAAUGGUGUUGUACCCUCAGCCAGAUCAAAGUCUUGGCCUACACUGAUCACAAAAAUCUACACACAGUUCCUUCUUUCUCGUCGUGAAGUUCUAGAGAUCAAAUCAAACAGGGGGAUUAUUUUUCUGAUAGAGGAGAACAAACAGUUAAUUGCAGAACAUGAAAAAGUGUCCAUGAGUUGAUUUUAAAUUAAGGAAUGUUUUUAAUUUUUUUCUGAAAGUUUACUGAGUACAUUAUGAGAAAAUGUUCAUGUCCCUUUAAUACCAUGUAAAUAUCAGAUCAGCAUUUAAUAACCGUGCAGUAACCAGAACCAGCACACGUUUAUUUCAUCACACCAAUAAAUACAUUUACGAGUCUCUUAACUUUCA